AUGCAAAUUUUUGUAAAAGAUUUCGACGGACCUUCCACUGUUUUAGAAGUUUCAUCCGAAACCACUGUCAAACAGGUAAAGGAUAUGAUUAAGGUUAAAAAAGGUGUACCAAAGUCGUAUCAAUCAUUACGAUUCGGAGGGGAAACCCUUAAUGAUAAAAGCCGUCUUGGUGAUCAUAAUGUCAAACCUGACAGCUUCUUUCACUUGACGUAUAACCUUCCUGGUGGUAUGCAAAUUUUUGUCAAGACUUUAACAGGAAAAUGCUACGCCUUAGAAGUUGAGUCAUCCGACUCUAUUCGUGCAAUCAAGGCAAAGAUCCAUGCUAAAGAGGGUAUCCCCUCAGACCAGCAACGACUCAUCUUUGGAGGUAAACAACUCGAUGAUAGUUACACUCUUCGUGAUUAUAACAUCAAGAGUGACUCUGCUAUACAUUUGGUUUUACGACUUCGUGGUGGUGCUACCAUUUACGCUAUCACGACAUACAACAAUACUAAGAUCCCCAUUGAAAUCAACCCUGAUUCAAGUACCGUUGAUGAUAUUAAGUACCAAGUUUAUAUGUCAGAAGGAAUUCGUAUGGACUGCCAGCGUUAUAUUUAUGGUGGAAAAGAGCUUAAAGAAGGUGUCAAGCUUUCUGACUAUAAUAUUCGUGGUAAUUCCUUUAUUCAUGUUAUUUUCCGUCUCGUAGGAGGGGUUUAUCACAGAACAUUGAAGUUGACCAAUUGGACUCAAACGAAACAUUUACUUCUAAAAAUUAAUCAGCCAAAUCGCUAUACUAUCAAGGAUUUGAAAAUUAAGAUUGAGUGUGUGCAUGGUAUUCCCGAAGAUGAACAAAGACUGUAUUACAACGGAAGAAAACUUAUGGAUGGCAAAAUGUUGACCAGCUACCGUAUCGAAAGAAACUCAGCUAUUACAAUGGUGACUUCGGAUACUUUUAAUGACGAGGUUAUGUAA